CAUGGCGACGACAAUGGAGCAAUGCAUCGCGGCUUUUAAGUCGACGCCGUGCUUUUCAGAGCUUAAACAGAUUUGUGACGAGUGGGAUGCAUCGGCGUCCACUUCAAGUUCUGGAAACGUUGAGCUGAAAGAUCGCAUCUUGGACAUUUGCAAGAAGCACUCGCAAUCUUUCGAGCAGGUGUAUCACUCCAAGCAGGUCGGCGCAUGGGAGCGGAAUCGCGGUGGCGAGGGCGUUCAGUGGCGUCGGGCUCACGGGCGCGUGCAGGUCAUCAAAACGUCAGGGUUUUCUUUGGCGGCCAUUGCCAACAACGCGGUGGCGGGAGAAGACAACCCGUACACGAGGGAGUACGCCAAAUACACGGCGAAGAAAUGCGAUACGCAUGCAUGCUUUGCGAACUACAAGGAGGAGGAGAUCAGGGUGGGAGCAUGGGGGGCAACGCACGCACUUCAUGGGUUUGCAUGCGUGCACGACGGCGUCGAGAGCGACAUCGACGACUUGACGAAGGACGGCAAGAUGCACAUCGACACUGUCUGCAGCCGAGACAAGCAUGGCCUUCUCAGGAAUGCCAUCGAGGUGGGCGUCAAGUUCACGGUCGUGAAGUGGGUUGUCCACGCAGCGUUGCCGAACGUUGCUCAUAUCGUCGGCGGUGCCCUGAACACCGUGCAGCAGACGGCUGUGGACGUGCCAGACAUGGUCGAGUACGUCAAGAAGUGGGGCGGCAUGCCCAGCGGCGGCUUGAUCAAGGAGCCCACGCCUCUUCUGAACCACUUCGUGCCUUCCGACCGCGUGGUGUCAGGCAGCAUGUUCAAGGCUUUGGCUGAUUUGAAAUUUCCCAUUGACGCCACGCCUGCACACGUGAUAAAUGCUGUGCUCUUUCGACACGCGGCGUCCGAGGAUAACGUGUACGACGGCUUCGCCAGGAACGUCACGAGCAAAGACUUGGCUACGCUGAGCAAGCCUGAGAAGCGCGCCACCGUGAUGAAGGCGAACGGCGCCCUCAUGCGCGCAAAGGAGAUGCUCGCCGAGUCGUCCAUGGACCCAGCCGCCGUGGAGGCGACCAAGGGCGAUCUGAUGAUCGAGAUCGUAGACUUCCUCCUCGAGAGGAACAAGGACAAGGGCAAAGGCAAGGGCGUCGGCAAGGACAAGGGCAAGCAGCCCACCAGUCUGCAGACGAUCCUCGAGAAGUUCGUCUCGAAGGUGGGCGAGGGCGCGGCGGCGAUGCAGCUGCCAACCGAUGUCGCUGAAUCUCCUUCGGCAUCGGGCGGCGCGAACUUCGUGCAGUACACCGAGGGCGGCGAGACGUCGGGCCUGGGCAAGACGACCGCGCUCAACAAGGACAUCACGGAGGGCGUGCACCUGCAACUUCGCAAGCCCCGUGCUGGCGUGUCCGCUGCAAUGCAGGACAUGUGGAAAAUCGUCGACGUCUCGGAUGGCGGGGUGGUCAGCUUCAAGAUGGUGAAACCAGAUGGCACUAUUGACGACGCGACAAUUUCCAAGACAUUGUCGGAAAUCGAGGAGACGUACAAGACGUGCAAGGCGAAGGAGUUCGUAGGAGGCUACCCUGGCAACGAUGCGGCCAACGACAAGGACAUGGCCAACCAUGAGUUCAAGGGCAUGGUGUUUGGCGCCUUGAACGCGCUCCUUCGGAAGUACGGCGUGCAGAGCGCACUCCCCAUGAAAAGGCCAUGCAGGGCAGUCCUGGCGUCCAAGGCGUUCGGCGUGGGAUGUUACGUCGCCGUGCCUGCUUCUCGGUCAAUUGCACCGCAGUCCGAGACCAUCAAGACGUGCCCGCCCAAGGCAAUCGAGGUCGCCAUUCCAGUCGACGGCGCGCCGAAGAUGUUCAUCAUGCCAGCGCCUCCGACCGACGAGUUCACGUGCCAGUUCUGGUGCAUGCGAGUGGAGUCCGACAAGUCCUUGUGCAACUGCGAGCUCAAGGAGUUCAGUGUGAGGGGGAGGCGCCCCGUGGUUGGUGAUCGGAGCGUCAGCCCGAACAUUGACAUCGUCAUCCUUUGCGCGACGAACUUCAAGAAAGUCGCCGCUUACGAUGAGCUCGUGCUUCACAUGGAUGCCGCGGAGACUAAGAAGAAGGACAACAUCUCGGAGCCCGUCCUCGAGUCCAAGAGGGCCCGUAAGAGCAAGUGA